AUGCCUAUUGGUAAAUUAGAGCCGUUCGAUUUAGCCAGUAAACAGUGGCCCGCGUAUAUUCGUCGAGUUCAACAAUUUAUAUUGCUAAACGAAAUCAAGUCUGAAUUACGAGUUCCUAUGUUAAUAACCGUGGUCGGCGAGGCGACAUAUUCGUUGAUGUGCGAUCUAUGUUCUCCUGCAGACCCGGAAGACAAAACUUUCGAAGAAUUAGUGAGUUUAGUGUCGAGUCACUUAGAACCACAGCGUUCCGAGAUUGCAGAGCGCCACGUGUUCCGCUUGCGCAGGCAACUCGGAGGUGAAUCACUUGCCGAAUAUUUGCAAAAUCUGAAACAUUUGGCUUCGACCUGCAAUUUUGGAGUGACACUUGAAGAGAAUUUGCGGGACCAAUUUGUAUCAGGUCUUGCGAGCGAGGCGAUGCGGUCCCGUAUUUUUGCCGAAAGAAACAUUCGGUACAAGGAGGCGGUGGAGUUGGCUUUUGCGCUGGAGGCUGCGGAGAGACACGCGGAGGUGAGUGGUGCCACGGCACCAGCUUCGACCUCAGGUGUUCGGAGCAGCAGUCUAGAAAGAGGCGAAGGUUUACAUCAGGCCGGGGAGCGCCGGGGGCGGCGAGACCUACGCUCGGUCUCUAGAGGAGGCACCAUGGAGACGCGACGGAGUCAGCGAAGCUCGGGGCCAUGUUGGCGUUGUGGAAAGCCACAUAGGGCGGAUAAGUGCCGAUUUGCGCAAUACAAUUGUGAUAAGUGUGGUAGGCGCGGACAUCUUAAGGUGAUGUGCAAAGAAGUGCGCGACGGGAGGCAGUCGAGCGGCCCCCAGCAUUAUGUGAGUGACGUGAGUUCUGAAGGAGAGGAUUUUUUUAAUAUCCAGCUGAAAGCUAAAGGUAACGAGUCUUAUAAAUUAACUUUGAAAGUAGAUGGACAGCCGUUAGUUUUCGAAGUCGAUACCGGUAGUCGCAUUUCCACAAUAAGUGAACGGUUUUAUUUGUGUCAUUUUCCGUAUAAAUCCCUUAUCAAAGAUAAUGUAAGAUUACAUAGUUAUGUCGGUUCGCGAAUCGAAUCUUUGGGUUUUAUAUCGGUCAAUGUAGCAUUGGGAGAGGUCAGAAAAAAAAAUUGUUCUUUAUAUGUAAUUCGUAACGGAGGAUGCCCUUUAAUAGGUAGACAAUGGAUUCGAGCUCUUGAAAUAAAUCAAAUUAAUAUUAGUGUUAAUGAAAUUCUAGAUGAUUCAUUCGUGAGCCGACUCAUUAGCGAAUUCCCCGAAGUGUUUACAGAUAAGUUAGGCACUUGUACCGAAAGCGUUCAACUUCAGCUCAGUGACGAACAAAAUGUGUACGUGCGCGCGCGGCCCGUGCCAUUGGCGCUUCGAUCCCGGGUCGAACAGGAGCUGAGGAGGCUUGAGGCCGAGGGUACCAUUUUUAAGGUGGACCACUCCGAGUAUGGUACUCCUAUAGUACCGGUUAUAAAAGAAAACGGCGAUAUACGAAUUUGUGGAGAUUAUAAAAUUACGAUAAAUCCAAAGCUCAAGCGGGAGUUUUAUCCGUUACCGCGAAUUGAAGAACUUUUUGCCAAAUUAAGUGGUGGUGAAGAAUUUUCGAAAAUUGAUCUAAAAAAUUCCUAUCAACAAUUACUGCUAACGGAGGAUUCUCGGCGUUACACUGCAAUUACUACCCAUCUAGGCACAUUCGUAUAUCGUCGAACCCCAUUUGGGUUGUCGUGUGUUCCCGAAAAAUUCCAGAAAAUUAUGGAAGAGACACUCAGCGGUAUACCCGGUACGGUAGUUUUUUUGGACGACGUUUGUGUCACGGGAGCUACGCGAAAUAAACAUCUGAGUAAUUUACGAGCUGUACUUGAACGGUUGCGAACUAUGGGCUUUACUGUUAAAUCCGAAAAAUGUAAGUUCUUACAAAAAAGUGUAAAGUACCUAGGUUUUAUUAUUGACAAGCAGGGAUUGCACCCCGAUCCGAAAAAGAUGGAAGCCAUUUCUAAUGCUCCGACACCACUGAAUGUGACCCAAUUAAAAAGUUUUCUUGGUCUCCUUAAUUACUAUGGCAAGUUUAUUCCUAAUCUCAGUACCAUUUUACAUCCCUUACAUUUGUUAUUAAACAAAGGAGUUAAUUGGAAAUGGACUUCAAAAUGCGAGCAGGCCUUCCGAGAAGCUAAAAGAGCUUUGUUGGGCGAAAAGGUUUUGGCUCACUAUGAGGAAGGGCGGCCACUGGUUCUGUCGGUGGACAGCAGUGCGUAUGGGCUGGGCGCAGUCCUAGCACACGUAUACCCCGACGGCACCGAGCGACCGGUCAGCUGUGUAUCGCGUACGCUUAAUGCUUCAGAAAAAAAUUAUAGUCAAUUAGAUAAAGAGGCUCUGGCCAUAUUUUUUGGAAUAACGAAACACCACCAAUAUGUAUUCGGUCGACGCUUUGUUUUACGAACGGAUCAUCAGCCGUUAAGUUACAUUUUUGGGAAAAGAGGCGGGAUACCACAAACGGCAGCCAGUCGCUUACAGCGGUGGGCUGCCCGAUUGGCCGCCUAUGAUUUUUCAGUGGAGUUUGUUCGCUCGGCUGCUAACGGCCCGGCCGACGCGCUGUCCCGCCUUCCUCUGCCAACCGAACGUCACCAGUCCGCGGUCACGUCUUACAUUAAUUUACUGGAAGAUACUAUCCCGGUAAACUUCAAGGAUAUUAGUAUAGAAACAAAAAAGGAUACGGUAUUGAGCCGAAUUACAGGCUAUGUAAUGUUCGGUUGGCCCUUCUCGACCAAAUGCGACGACGAGAAGCCGUACUUUGAUAGAAAGCAAGAAAUGUUGCUUGAUCUAGGCUGCUUGAUUUAUAAAUAUCGCGUCGUAAUCCCUCCCUCACUAAGGGAACGAGUUUUAUUGGAAAUUCAUGAGGGUCAUUUAGGAAUGAAUAAAAUGAAAAAUCUAGCUCGAAAUUACAUCUAUUGGCCUGGUAUAGACCAGGACAUAGAAAACUUAUGUCGUAAUUGCCAAGCGUGUUGCUCAGUUCGUGAUAGUCCUCCCCGAGCCGUUCUGCAUCCAUGGGAAUUCCCUCUAAAUCCGUGGCAACGUUUGCAUGCAGAUUUUGCCGAAUACGUGGGCAAGAAAUAUCUCAUAGUUAUAGACGCCCAUUCGAAAUGGAUAGAGGUAGUACCGAUGGGUCGGACGGAUGCCAAAGAGACCAUCGCCGCAUUUAGAAGUAUGUUCGCAAGAUUUGGCUUGCCGUCGCAAUUGGUCACGGAUAAUGGACCGCCUUUUAUGUCCAUAGAUUUUAAAAAUUAUUGUAAAAAAAAUUGUAUUAGGCAUGUGUCAUCGGCUCCCUACAGACCUCAGGCGGCGGAAAAUGCGGUGAAAACCAUUAAAAAAGUUAUAAAACGGGCGGUUUUUGAAGGGGAAGAUAUAUUACAGGCAAUAAACAGAUUUUUAUUUCAAUACCGCAACUGCGAACAUGCCACAACCGCGGUGUCACCUGCAGUGGCAUUGUUAGGUCGCCGUCUACGCAGUCGCCUGGAUGCUUUACGUCCCAACACGGCUGAGGUGGUGCGAAGGGCUCAAUAUCAGCAGGUUGCCAAUUCCGGGGGUUCGGACCGGAAUAUAGCUAUAGGAGACCGGGUGUUGACUAGAAAUUAUACACCAAAAGGGGGCUAG